UUUGAUAUUCACUUUAUUAAAAUCAUUGAGCUGGAACACUCAAAUUGGAAAAAAAUUAAUAUUCAUUAUUCUAGUGUGCAAACCGAUAUUGUGGCAUCUUAAAACUAUAAUUUUCGUUUAUUUAUAUUGCGGUUGCAGCCCUGCGCGUGUAAGUGUCCCUAGAAUUCGGCGUCCUCUGAAGGAAACUGUAAAUUACCAAUACGAAAAAAGUAAAAAUCAGCAUUGCAAUGACGUCGUCACACUCGGAGACUCCUCUGCGUCGAUCUGCGGAGGGCAGCUACCGCAAAAACGACGAGGCCGAGCGGCAGGAGGCACACCGGCGCACACCGCUGGUGCAGCAGGACACUCGCAAGAGUUCAGCUCUCGAGUCCAUCGAGGAGAACGAGACGAUACGCUCCUGCGUGGAUCUGUACAACUGCGAUAAGCUGAGCAAAGACACUGCCUGGGAUACGUCGUUAAUUGAUUCGCUGGCCACUCUAAUGGAUCGCCAUCACAAACAGCUGAACAAUUUUAAGAUGGCUGGCUAUUCGCUGGAGGCCUCGGCCAAGGUCUACAACCUGCGUGUAGACUCAAUCUACAAAGAUGCAUUGCGUAUAUCGGCGGGUUUGAAUGCUCGCCCCUUGAAGAGCUUACCUGAGGGACCUCCAGGUGAUGGCGAAGAUGCCGAUGCGGCUCCCAACCAACAGCAGCAGGCGGCACCUAAGCCCAAGCGCCAGAAAAGGAAUUUAUCAACGGUGACAAAGAACAAGGAAACAUUGAAUGCGCGUUUGGACAUGGUGCCCAUGCAGGAAGCGAUAUUUGGGAAGCUCAAUUCGACGGUGGGUUCCAUCAAUGCCUCCAAUCGCCUGAUGCACAACAUUCUGCCCAGCGUGGACUCUGAGAUACGGCUACGCACGACCCACAAAUUCUGGGAUUCGACGGAGGAGACGGAUGAGCUCAUGGACAGCGAAACGCUGAGUGCUGGCACCAAGGAAUGGACCAAUGAAGAGUUGUGCAAUGCGGAAUGGCUGCCUAAGCUGUACAACCAUAUGGACAAACUAAAUCUACGGCCACUCCACACGGGCUACGUGAUAACCAGUGCUCCCAAUCCCAAGCCCCAGACGGGAUCUAUUUCAGAGGCGGCCCCCACAUAUGAUGACGCUGCUGAGGGGCUGGAUAAUGCAGACGACUUCGGUGUGAAUCCCACAGAUAUAUCCGUGGCCUUUGACAUGAAUGCCGAGUGUGAGCCCAUGCCGGAUAUGGAGGCAAGUCUACCCAUUAUCCUAGAUGUACAAUCGAAUGAUUUGCAGGAUCUCACCGCCCAGGAGCAGACGCGUUUGCGGAAAACGGCCUGGGUCAUUGACGAUCUGAGGCCAGUGGAUGGUGUGACUAGACUGGACUACUCUUACAGGCCCAUGGACAGGAUCUCACAGUUUUGGGCGGGUCCAGUGCAUUGGAAAUUCAGGCGCACUCGCCCGCUCACCACUCUGGCCCAGACGAAUGGCCCUAUGGCUGCUAAACCAAAGAAAACGGCGGCAGCCACCUCCAAGCGACGCAUGAAGGAUCUGCGCUAUGGAAAGUUCAACAAGGAGUUAUUCCAGCCCCUCAAUGCUAACAAAAAAAAGCAGCGACAGGUCAAUCAAAAGAAUUGGGAUGCCCGAAAGCUGGUGCGGCCCACAAAAUUCAACUUUGAAGCGGAUUACUUUUUAAAAUAUGACUCGGCGCCGGGUAUAAAAGUUAGCCAGAGGUUUGGAGAAGCCGAUCUGGUUGAGGGACUGGGCAAUGAUACGGAUAUGGAUGGGGGCUCCCACCACGACGAUUCCGACUCACAGCUUUUUGACAACGAACAUUUCACCACAGAUGAUCCUUUCAUGAACCGAAUGUCGGCAGAGGGCAUUGAAGAACCCACGGACAUGAUGAAUGAAGAUUCAUGUGAGGAUAUGCUCAAUCAAAGCCAAAACAUCCCAAAGGAUGAGGAUACAAUCUUGGAGAUAUCCACCGAAUUUAAGGAUGCACCAAGGCAGAUCACAAAAGUAAUUGUGCCAUUUGAGAAGCGUUCCAAGGUGAUCGACAUGAAGAAUCUCAAGAAAUGCUGCCAUUCUUUGAUCCAGAAACAGCUCCUGAGUCCUGUCGAUGAGGCAUCGAUACCCUCCCACCCAGUGCCAAAGGAAGAAAGCUACGCGAAGGGUACCGCCAGCUUCCAGGAGGUUUACCGAUCGUUGCCUGAUGUCUUGAGUGACAAAAUGAAAGAUUCUCUGUCCCCAUCGGUGGCCCUCAAUGCGGUUCUCCAUUUGGCCAAUGACAUGAAACUGCGACUGAUUCCACAAGAGAAUCUAAAGGAUUUCCAAAUCCGGCAAGUUCUGGAUGACGAAGUUUAGAAGUUUAGAAGUAAUCAAUCUCCACACAAUUUUAAACACAUUUUCAUGCACCAUAACAUACAAAACACUAAACGAAACGAAGCAAGUCCCAUCUCCAAUGUAUUUUUGGAUGAUUUUUUAAUUCCAUUUCUCAAACGGUACCCCGUUCUAAGUCAUAAGAUUUACAACAAUAGAAAUGUGUGUGCUACCAUAUUAACAAUAAAUUAAUAUUUUUGAGAGCACA